UUAUCCGAGUGCUGCCUGUCUGCCUUCUCCGCGCGCCGGAUGCUUCACUCUACUUUCUGUGAAUGCCAAGUGAAGUGAAGGGAGGAUUUUGAGUGGAGAGACACUAGAAAGUCGCGCGUUUGCUGUUUGGUACGCUGCCACAGGAGGAAGAAUCCAGUCUAAGCCAAGCGGUUGCAGACGUCGCGUCUUCUAAGACCCUACAGGAGGAGGAGGUCUAGCCGCUCUCCCUCUCAACCACAAGCCGAUAAGCAUGGAGGUCUAUUGCUAAAACAACCACGGAGAGAUACGCGCUGAUACCCUCCAUGGCUGUGGACGGUUUGAGUGUGACUGGCGUCUGUUGGUGGAGAAGAGGAAGAGCCAGAUUAAUAUCUGCCUCCAGCUUUAGUUUCUGCCGUCCGGGCCUGGAGCACACCGUCUCAGCCGAGGAGCUCAACUACCAGCUGCCGCGCAAGCCCGGCGGCAACCUCACCUGGCACGACGGCCGCGGACAGAAGAGUGCCGGCGGCAGGACCGUCAAACUGCUGCAGCAGCCGGGCACCGAGGCCCUUCAGCUGCGUCCAGGCGAGGCCUUCACGGUGUACCACACCAGCCCUACGCUGUCCAGCCUGUCCAAGCCUGUGGUGCUGUGGACCCAGCAGGACGUCUGCAAGUGGCUGAAGAAGCACUGUCCCCACAACUACCUGACCUACGUGGAAGCCUUCUCCCACCACGCCAUCACGGGUCGGGCACUGCUGCGUCUGAACGGGGAGAAGCUGGAGCGCAUGGGCAUCGUGCAGGAGACGCUCAGGCAGGAGGUGCUGCAGCAGGUCCUCCAGCUGCAGGUGCAGGAGGAGGUGCGCAACCUGCAGCUGCUCAGCAGAGCGUCAUUCGGAAACCUAUCUUAGCUCGUCCACCCAUUUGGCAGUGCUCUCCACACCCUCACAAAAGGCGCCCGACCGCUGAAGGAGGACCUGGACAGGCCUGAUACUGGACGUGAAUGGAGGAUGCAGGAGGACGAGCGGCAUCCUUUUCUCCUCCUCCUCCUCCUCCUCUUCUUCUUC